UUUAUCCCCCAAUCAAAAAUUCUUUUUACAAAACACCAGCAAACAAUAUCUAUUAAUAUAAUACAUUAUUUGCGUGUGACUUUGCGACCUUUCUCUCUCUUUUCAAUUGAGCAUGGAUCAUCAAAUCAAGAACACCACAAUGAUAAAGAACAAUAACAAUACAUCAGAUUCGAUCGAGAGCCAUCAUCAUCAUCAUCAUCCAUGGAAGCAAAAACCAACCGUUCUUUUACUUUUCCUAUCUCUUCUCACCAUCUCUCUCCUUCUCCUUCAUAUCUCCCAAAACAAAAUCAUCCUCAUCACCACCACCACAACAACAACAACCACUUCCAUCUCCGAUCAACAAAGCCGUCAAGAACCCUCCAGAGACGACACAUGUCUCGGCCGCUACGUAUAUAUCCACAAGCUACCAUCUCGAUUCAAUCUUGAAAUCCUUCAAGAUUGCCAGUCCAUUACAAGACCAAAGGACAAGAUCAGUAUGUGUAAGUAUCUCAAGAACUCAGGAUUCGGACCUCUGAUUAGUUCUGACUACUACUACUCUCAGAGCUGGUACGCGACUAAUCAGUUCAUGCUCGAAGUGAUUUUUCACGAGAAGAUGAAGAGUUACGAGUGUCUGACGAGUGACUCGUCGCUUGCUUCGGCUGUUUAUUUACCUUACUAUGCUGGUCUUGAUUUCCGGCGAAAACUACGGCGGCGUAACGUAGCUGCGAGAGACGCCGCCGGGAAGGAACUUGUUAAAUGGCUGAAGAAGCAACCUCAGUGGAAAGGUAUGUCAGGUAAGGACCAUUUCCUAGUAACCGGUCGGAUAUCACGAGAUUUUAGACGAAACUCCAACAAGAACUCCGACUGGGGAACCAACUUAAUGCUCUUACCAGAGUCACAAAACCUCACUUUCCUCACCAUCGAAAGGAGUCUAACGAGCCACAACGAGUUCGCGAUUCCUUAUCCUACUUACUUUCACCCAACGUCAAUCUCCGAGAUCAUCCAAUGGCAAGACAAGAUCAAGCUAACGAACCGGACGGUCCUCUUCUCAUUCGCUGGAGCUCAAAGACCAAGCAGAAACCAAAACGGUUUGGUUCGCACUGAAGUUAUAAAACAAUGCAAGAGUUCAUCUAAAACGUGUAGAUUUCUUGACUGUGACGUUAAAGCCAAUAGCUGCGAUGAUCCGAUCAGUCUGAUGAAACUUUUCGAGAGUUCGGUUUUUUGCUUACAACCACCAGGGGAUUCGUUAACCAGAAGAUCGGUGUUUGAUUCGAUUUUGGCUGGUUGUAUUCCGGUUUUCUUUAACCAAGGAAGCGCAUACAAGCAAUAUGUAUGGCAUUUACCUAAGAAUAAUAGUGAAUAUUCGGUUUAUAUACCGGUUAAGGAGCUGAGAACCGGAGGAAAGAACAAAAUCGAAGAGAUUUUGCGUGGAAUACCAAAUGAGAGAGUGGUUGGUAUGAGAGAAAGCGUAAUAAAAUUGAUUCCGAAGAUUGUGUAUGGUAAACCAAACCGGAACAAACCGGACGGGGAGGUUUUUGAAGAUGCUUUUGAUAUUGCUGUGAAGGGAGUGGUAGAGAAGAUACGAGGGAUUAAGAGAAAACAAAUUCAAGAGUGAGGACCAUAUUUCAUAAUUAGACGAAACAAUGUAUAUAUAUGUCCUACUCCUACAUUUAUUAUUGUUUUUAGUUGUUCAUUUGUCUUGUAGAAUG